ACUCUGCGUAGCACAGGCAAGCCCAAGAGCCAGGAAGAAGAGGUGGGGGGCGCCAGUGUGCUCCUACGAUUGCUGGAGGAACCCUCCAUUGCGUAGCGUGCAGUUUCUCUGGACUUCUGCCUAACUUUAUCCGUAAAGAAGUGAGCAAGUUCAGUGAGACGCGGAAGCAGGAGCCAAACACCCUCUUGGGAGAGACUUUGUAACGUCCGUGUUACAUCAUCGUCACAUCUGGCUCCCCUCUCCCCCUCCCCUUCCUUAGUCCCCACGCCCCACCCAGGUGACCAGAGCGAGGGCUAUCGUAGUACGAAAGGAAAUUACCGUAUUGGUACCUGGUCUCCUGUGCGAGAAGGUGAACUGUCUGCCUGCCUGCCCACCUGUACCGUUGUGUUGGUAUAUUCGGUGUUGUGACCGCUGGGACGCCCGCUCGCCUGCCUACACGUGCGCCGCCCAAGUCUCCGAUAUCUGUCGAGGGUGUCAUACAAAAAGCGAGAGGCAAGAUAUUGGUGGCUGGAGGGAAACAAGAAGCAAAGAAGGUGCGUCCGUGAGCCGUGAUCCUCAAGUGUAACCUCAGUGGGCCCGCAGGACUUCCAGGUCGACGUGAUGGGAGUGUUUGAUGGGCAGGCGAGGAUGAUGAAGAAUUCUAGCCUGCUAAGAUGGACCAAUAACAAGAACAACAACAACAAGAACAACAGUAAAAAUGCAAACAAGAAUUGGCUCCAUCCCCCAGAGGCCCUGCAGAAAGGUCAUAUUGCCUAUCUCGUCAAGUUCCUUGGGAGCACAGAGGUGGAUCAGCCCAAGGGCAUUGAAGUAGUGAAGGAGGGCAUAAGAAAAUUAAAAUUCAACCAGCAGCUGAAGAAGGCAGAAGGAAGCAAGACACCCAAAGUAGAGCUCACAGUGUCCAUUGAUGGAGUGGCUAUUCAUGAACCGAAAACCAAGCGGAAUCUGCACCAGUACCCUCUGCAUAGAAUCAGCUACUGUGCUGAUGACAAGGCUGAGAAACGCUUCUUUAGCUUUAUUGCCAAAGAGGCAGACUCUGACAAGCACACAUGCUUUGUUUUUGUCAGCGACAAGCUGGCAGAAGAGAUUACACUUACAAUUGGCCAGGCAUUUGACUUAGCUUACCGAAGAUUUGUGGAAACAUCAGGCCGGGAGGUCGAGAUGCGAAGGCAGCUGCUGAUUCUGCAGAAGAGAGUUCAGGGCUUGGAGGACGAGAACAAAACACUCAAGACGCGAAUCACAGAGUUGGCAUCACUGAAGGACAGACCUGAUGUUGAUGAAUACAUGAAAAAAAAUAAUAUAUCUGACCUCCUGACACUCAAUGGCGAGAGCAGUACUGACCCUUCCCCGUCAGAACUGUUGGCCACAAGUAGUACGCUCACACCUCCUCCCGUUCCUCCAAGAAAUGCCAUGAAGCAAGAGGAUGACACCUCUUUCCUAGGGGAUAUUUUGUCUAGUCCCAUGACCUUAAAUGGUGCUGGGGACAAUGCCAAUGACGAUGAUGAUGAUGAUUUUAACCCAAGAGCUGAAGAAUUUCCCUCGGUGAAUGGAAUCAGCACAGGAUCUAUCAAUAAUGGAGAUUCAUCUGAAAAUCCUGAUGAUGACUUUGAUCCUAGAGCUGAGGAGAAGAAACCUCCAUCUUUUGCAACGGUGCCAACUCCUGACACCAAUGGAUUGGCAAAGGCCCCACCUGCAUUAAUUCCUCCUCCUCGACCAUCUCGUGCUCAUGAGCAACAAAAUGGUUUAUCAGAUGACAUAUUUGACACUCCAGCUGACCCAUUUGGUUCAGUAGCUUUUACUCCAGCAAAUAACAACAAUGAUGUUCUGGCUCAGUUUAUGGAAAUGAAGGCUGGAUUUAGUCGUGGCCUCUCAUUUGGUACAGCAGAUGAUGACUUCACCCUGGAGAGUCUAGACCCUCUGAAAAACUAAUUUGAAAGAGCAGUGUCAUUAACAGUGUCUAAAGGCUUCCAGCCCCCAAAAAGCAAGAAAAAAAAGAACAUAAUUAUAAAAAGGAUUGCAAGGUAUACUUUUAACAUUCCUUACAUAGACUGUUGUAAGAGGUACAUGUUGGGGCUGUUGGAUGUAUAAUCUGCACAAUAUAAACAGAUAUCAUUAAGAUUAUUGAAAAAAAAGAAAAAAAAAGUUCUUUGGGUUUGGGGAGUAAGGCCUUUUUUAUGUUUUUUUAUGCUUUUUUCAUCAAUAAAUUUGUAUGUCAUAUGAAAGAACUAGUUUCUUACAAUUACUUCAAUAUAUCAUUAGCUAACCCUAUACAAUAUUAGAUGACAGUUGAACCAGUAACGGUUGUCAUUGCCUUUGGUUGUUAUUGUGAAAUACUCUAAACAUACUGCUUGUGGAUAUUAAAUAUUUUGAAGUUUUUUAAAAUGAACAUGUAAAAGCACAAUUCAGAACUCUUGUCAUCUCAUUAUUUCACUGGCAAUUUUAUGGUGAAUAACUCAUUGUCGGCUGUUGAGAAGAUAUUAUAGUAUUUCUGUAUUGAAACAUAUCAGGAUCACACCUAAAUCGUGAUGUGGUUAUGUAUGUUUAUUUAAGAACUCUUUUGGCAGUCAUAGAUGUGUAUAUGUAAUGCCUUCAGUGACUAGACAAAUCUUUACUCCUUUAUUCAAUAACAACUAAUGUGUGUCAAUAGAGACCACUUCAUCAUUCUUAUAAAAUAUAUAAUGGAAAUUUAGUUGUCCUCUUGGUGUUGAUAAAUCAUUCUUGUACUCUUGUUCGACAGUGUUUAGUGCUUUACGUGAAAAAACCUUGUGAUAAACUGAAAUGCACAUUAGAUGAUGGAUUCACAAUUACCUUAUAUUAAGAGGCAUCUGUUUGAUGUUGAUAUUUUCUCUGCUACUAGUAGCUGCAGUGGCCAAGUAUUCAGACAUUCCUGUUAAUGCUCUCCUUUUACUAAGUGUUUCCAAAUUUUUAGAAGAACCACUUGAAGAAAGUGUUCAGACAUAAUCAUUCCUGUGUUUCCGUGAUAUGUGCUUGGAAUUAGCUUUUAUCAUAGCUACAGCUGCUUUCAUUGUUGGUACCAGUGCAGCAGUGGCAAAGUUGAAAUGAACAAAAUAUUGAAUGUUUUAAGGUAUCCAAACUUCUUGCUACUUUGCUCUGGUGCCUUUGAUUCAUAUUGUUGAAGAGGCACCACAUGGUGGAAAUGGCAUUUGCACUCCUUAAUUUUUAGAUAGGAAGAUUUUUAACUUUAGGCAGAUCAUAGAUGUUUAAAAAAUCUUUCUAUUUUUUCCCUUAUACUAUGCAAUAUACCUGAUAUGAGUGAUGCUAUUGAAAGAUGUAUAUAAAUAUCAAUAUAUAACUUUGUGUGAUAGUUGUAGAAGAUCAUAUUUUGUGUGUUUUGUUAUUAUACUAACAUAAGCAUCCUCUGGGUGCUCUGGGAUUGUUACUGCCAACUUUGUGAUGACAUUGCAUAUCAUCAUGACCCAUUUUGCAAGCAUAAAGUUUUGAUGACGCUGGCUGUCGACGUUUGUUUUCAGCAUCUCUUGUAUCUGUAAAAGGUAUUGUUUGUAUCCCAUAUUAUCAGUAUUUAUCAGUGUACCAGUUACAUCAUCUAUUAAUUAUUCUACAUUUUAGAAGCAUGUUCCAAUGCUGUUUUUCCAAUACAGGCAGUAAUGAAUCUCAAAAUAUUUGAUGAUAAAUGCAUACGAAUAUUUUAGCAUAGAGCACAAGCAAGAGCAACUUGUAGCUUUUGAAGGUGUUUAACACUGAACACCUGUAUUGUGAUGUAUGAUAUUGUCUGGUCCGAUAAUCACAUACAUGAAAUGUUAUUCAUUGUCUAAUUUAACCUUCUUUAAGCUCUUCCAUGAAUUUGUAGAUACUGAUAUAAUACCAUACAUAAUAUAUACAUAUACAAUUUAAGUAUAGUAUAAAGAGAGUCAAGUGGAAAAUCUAUAUAAUGAUAAUAUAAGAAACAGUGCUACAUCAUCAACACAAACAAGUGCAUGUAUCUUUGAUGUGCAUGUACAUAUGCGCAGGCACAUGCAUGCCCACAUAUACACACACGCUUGUGAACAUAAACACUCACAGUUACACUGAUGCAACUAUUCAUGCUAGCUCUCACACACAUAAUUGUAGUCUUAUAAAUGCAGGCAAAUUAUUAUAUAUUUAUCAAAAAUUUGGUUAAGAACAGGUUGUAAAGUUUCCAGUCAUACAAUUGUAUGUUACUAUAUCUUGCAUAUUAUUUUAUAGUUAUUAUAUUUUUAAUAACCAAGAUAGCAUUUAUAGUAUGUACUUGGGAUUUGUUCAUAACUUAAAACUGCUUUACUUUGAUAAUACUAAUGUUAGCAAUAGAGUGAGAAAGUAAUUUUCCUUUCAUAUGGAGUGAAUUGUAUGAAGUGAUUUCUUUGUAUGAGUCGUGUUGCUCCAAAACUGUAGCUGUAUAUGAGGGUAUUUGGGUGGUAUCAAAAUCUGUUUCAAUAGCUAUUUGUGAUUCUGUUCAAAAUGUGUUGAUGUUGUUUGUUCAAUUGUAUAUGAUGAUCCUGUGUAAAAGCUGCCCUUUUCCAAAUCUUUUAGUCACAAAUUACUGAUAUUGUCCUGGUAAAUCUCAAGAUUAUUGCUCUGUACUAUCAAAGAAAUGUUUUUAAUGUACUUCCUUGCAGAACUUGUAAUCUAUAUAAUGUAUUUUUUUAUUUAUUUUUCUUUGUAUAUAGAUUUGAAUGCAUCUUGAACUUUUUGCUCUCAUGUUUCUGGUACCUUUCCUUUAACAUAAAGAUAUAAGAGGAAAAAGGAAAAUACAUUUGACAGAUAUAUACUUAUGUUACGUAUCACACUUUUUAUGCACAUAUGUAACAAGUUGCACAUGUAUUUCUGUGUUCAUCAGUAAGAUAUAUGAACAUGCAAAAUAGAGAGUAUGUUUACAUGUCAUUGCAUGUGCAAGUAAAGUUAUGCCCUUCUCAGAAGGAAAUAUUUUAUUUCUCUCUGGUAUAUUAAAUUUUCUCUGUACUUUCAUUGGCUUAACUUCGGUACAGGUGUCUGGUUAGCAUUAUUCUAAAUUUUCUAAUAUGUAAUAUUCCUUACACCUGUAGGGAGAUAAUUGCUUUUUUGCAGAUAUCUUACAAAUAUUAAUGGUAAUGAUAAUAGAAUUACACAAAACUGAGGAAACCCAUUAGAACAAGAACUCAGAUUUCACUUGUGCAUACAUGGAUUUAGAAUUAUAACUGUAGUUCAUUGGCACAAAAACUCACAGAAAUGAAUAUUUACCUUAUUUGCUGCAUGACAGCCUUAUCCACUUUCAAAAAUAAUUUGCUUUGAAUGUAAAAUUGCCUCAUAUUCAAUGUUUAUUGUCAUGUCAGAUGUUUUGGAAGCACAAUAAUGUUUUCAUAAGAAAUAGAAUAUUUGAUUGCUUCAGUUAAUGCCCACAACAUUCAGCUGAAUGUGAGUUCCACUUGAUUAGAGCACUGAAUUCAUCACUGCCUCACAUACUUAACUUCUCUGCCUGUUAGAAUUAUUAGAGAUUGUAAAUAACUGUUAAAAAAAAGUUAUUUUCCGUGUAGCUGCUCUAUUAUUCUGUAGUUUCUAUGGUUUAUGUUAGGUCCAACAACUCUUAAUUGGCUUAGGUUUGCACUAGGUUUAGAUAAAGGGCGUCAUGUAAGCUGUAUUGGUUAUUUCAGAUGUUUGGAUGGGGUAUACUACCCAGUGGUGUGUUGCACAUGUUUACAAGUCACUAAAGCAUUAGUUAUCAAACUGAAUGUCAAGUUCAUUUAGGAUUUCAUUUCUCAAUUGCCUAUUGCACCAUUUCAUUGUUAUCUCCUCUUUUUGUAUAUCUUUUUUAAGAGAUUAAUUACAUACAAAUAUUAUGACUUGCAUUGCUAAAAUUCCUCUUACAUACUCACUGUAGUUGAUCGAAUGUAAAUAAGAUCUGUAUAUAUAAUAUACCUUAA